UUCCAUAAACAAGAUGACUGCCAGGGUUUGCCGUCUGCCCUGCGUGGCUCAGGGUACAGCCUCUCUCGGAAAGAGUCUCAGAGAAAGUGAGUGAAGCAGCAGAGAGAGAAAGUAGGAAAACAGGAAAAGGGACAAGGCUGAAAGAGACAGGAAAACCCAUCAGAAGAGAGGAAACACUGACAAAGAGGUUACAGAGGAGAAGAGGGGGAACAGGAGUUUAUAAGACAGACUGAACAGGAGAUCAGUCUCUUUUCUUGUCAUGGCUGAAAACAGCACAAAUGUCUUUCUGGACAUACUAAAGUCCUUUGAUGCUGCUCCUUUAAUUAUAGCUUUCGCUGUGUCCAUUGCUGUGGGCUUACUGUUGGGUGCCACAGUUUACGUGAUCCUAACCUGGAUGUCCCGACGCAAAGCAGGCUCUGCCAGCAUCACCCGGCGUCCACCACGCCGCUCCCAAAACUUCUCUCGCAGUCGCCCAGGGUUCGACCGCAGCAGCAGCUACGAACGUCGCAGCAACAACAGCUUAAUAAGCGCUGCAUUCAGCUUCCACCGCCCGACUUCCUCCCCAGAUCACCUGGACGCAGUGGGCCAUAAAUCCAGCUUUAGGGCCUCUACCUUCCAUCCCCUUAUUCAGUGCAGCCAGAUUGCGAGGGAAGCUGAGGAGGGGAGUGAGACUACACUGCCUCGUACUCCACCUCUGACCACGUCAGCAGGAUCGGCUCAAACCACUGCAGAAGCAGUCGUCAAUCAUUCAAGACCAGAGUCAUUUUGGGGAAACAACGGUCUGAGGGGUUUGGGUGUGACACAGACCCCACCUCCAGCUUAUGAGAGCAUCAUCAGGGCUUAUCAAGAAACCUGUACCUGAGAGGAGUGAGAAAACCUUAAUAAAUAGUUUUUAAUGACUUGGAUGAUGGGAUAAACAGCGAGGAUCUGAAGAUCUAAUCAACGCAAUGCCGUUUUACAACAUAAUUUCCUUAACUCUUUGUUUCUUUAUUUACCUUCCAUUAACUAUGGAGUACUUAACACAUGUGAAACUGGAUGUUUACUAUGCAAAGAGAAAUAAUUCUUAACACAGAUUCUUAGUUUAUAUUUAGAUUUUACACAGAGUUAGAGAUGUUUUCAUGGGAGGUUAUUUUAGUUUCUACCCAAAAUGUAGAAACAUGUAACAUGAAACAAUAUUCACACAGAGGUCAACUGUGUGAAAAUCUAUGUAAAAUUACAUUUAAGACAGGGUUAAAUGUGCCUAAUGUUUAUUUGUAUGUACAUAUUUGCUGCCCUUAAUGUUCUUAGAGAGUCAGACUCAGUGGAUGUGUUUCAAAUUUCUUUUUUUUUUUUUUUGGGUUUGGGUUAUCUUCAUGACUGAAUGCAUAUAUACACUGUUCAAAAAAAAUAAAUGGAACACUCAAAUAACACAUCCUA